CACGAGGAACCCUCGUAUUCGUCAGACGGAUGACGAAUAACCCAUAUAAAUUACUAUAAACUGCCCACGGGAAUUUUUUUCCCAACUUGGUGUUUCAUUCUAUAUCUACUGUUUCUUUCACGAAAUUAAAAUGUUAAAAGAAUUUGCUGAUCAAUCAACAAUUCACGGUCUUCAUUAUGUAAGUAAUACAAAAAGUCAUUGGAUAGAAAGAGUAUUUUGGUCUCUCUGUUGUAUUAUGAGUUGGCUUGGUUCUGUUUGGCUAAUGAUGAAGUCUUGGGAAUCAUAUCGAACAAAUGCUAUUAGUUUUGUAGUGGAAACUACAUCAUUAGAAUUUCAAACAACUUUUCCAGGAGUUAGUGUGUGUGAAACAGAUAAUGCUGCCAAUGUUCAAAAAUUGUCUACUAAAAUAUUUGGUAACAAUCAAGAUUUCAACUAUGAUGAAAUCGUACGAGAAAUUGCAUAUUUCAAAGGCACUUCAUACUACAUUAAUGAAUUUUGUAUAACUGGACAAUACAACUGUCCAACUACCAACUUCAGUGAAUUAGCCGUUUCUGUGAGAAAUCCUUGUGAUUCAGUAUUUUUACAUUGCACUUGGAACAACAAACGUCAUUUUGAUUGCUGUAAGCAUUUUAUUCGGACAGAAACCGAAAUUGGAAUAUGCUAUACACUAACAAUGGCUAAUGAAUCACCAAAUUCUGAUGAUUACAUUAAUAUGUAUUCUAAUCGGAGCACAGGGCCAAGCAAUUUACUUAUCAAGCUAUUAUCGUCGAGUCAAGUUUAUAUUCAUUCAGUAGUAGAUGUACCAUAUUAUAAUACAAUUAGCACUGACAUUCUACCAGCUACAUUAGGUAUUUUCAAGCAACACAAAUUUUUUUAUCAAUGACAUGGAAAACGAAGACGAAGUCCAAUUUGUUGGUAUUGCGCAACGCAGAGAAAUCAGAACAUUGUGACAUUGAAGGAAUUAUUUGUUUAAAUACACAUUACGCUGAACUAUCAGUGUUAAAGAAAAAA